AUGGCUGACGCCGCCCUUUCCUUUGCGAUUGAAAGACUUGGAGACUUGCUCAUUUCCGAAGCGAAAUUCUUGUAUGGAGUCGAAGGCCAAGUUGAGGAGGCGCAGUCCAAGCUACGAAGGAUGCGCAGCUUCUUAAAAGAUGCCGAUGCAUUUGUCAGACGCGGAAUGGAUGCGGACAAUAGAGUACGCCUUUGGGUUGCAGAAAUAAGUGAAUUUGCUCUUGCUUUAGAAGACGUUGUCGAAACUUUUGUCCUAAAAGUUGAGUCUCGAAGGAAACGAGGUGUCAAGAAUAUAUUGAAAAGGUUCGCUUGCAUUUGGAUUGAAGGAAUUGAGCUCCAUAAAGUUGGAUCAGAGAUCGACCUAAUUUUUACCAGAUUUUCAACCAUGACCUCAGAUUUUCAAGCGAUGGGCAUCACGAAAUUACCGGACAGCAAAGGAGAAAGUAGUUCUUCGAAUUACCAGCUCCAAAGACAGUUGAGGCGCGCUUAUUCUCAUGUUGCUGAAAAAGAUGUCAUCGGACUUGACGAAGAUAUCGAGAAGUUGGCAGCAGCGUUGACGAAAGAAGCUAAUCCCCAUCGUGUGAUUUCUAUUUGUGGGAUGGGCGGUCUCGGAAAAACCACCCUUGCUAGAAAGGUUUAUCAUCAUCCUCAAGUCAGGCGUCAUUUUGAUCGCUUUGCUUGGGAGUCUAUAUCCCAACAAUGUGAAAAACGCCUUGUGUGGGAAGAAAUUUUAAUCAAACUUACCUCUCCAAGCCCAACCAGGGAAAAAAGAGAAGAAAUCAAAUUAAUGGGAGAUGAUGAAGUAGCCAAGGAGCUCUGCAAAGUUCAGAAAGAUAACAAGUGCUUGAUUCUCCUCGAUGAUAUUUGGACCGUUGAUGCGUGGAAACUUCUAGAGGCUGCAUUUUCUGUACAAGAAGAGACAGAAAGCAGAAUCAUACUCACUACUCGUCACAGAGAGGUGGCUUUGUCUGCAGAUAAGAACGGCCUGCUCCAUCAACCACGGUUACUCAAUGAGAAUGAGAGUUGGGAGUUGUUUGAGAAGAAAUCUUCUUUCAGAAAACAAGAAACAAAGGCUGCAUUUUCUGUACAAGAAGAGACAGAUAGCAGAAUCAUACUCACUACUCGUCACAGAGAGGUGGCUUUGUCUGCAGAUAAGAACGGCCUGCUCCAUCAACCACGGUUACUCAAUGAGAAUGAGAGUUGGGAGUUGUUUGAGAAGAAAUCUUCUUUCAGAAAACAAGAAACAAAUUUGAAAUAUAAUGAAGAGAUGAAAAAACUAGGAGAAGAGAUGCUUAAACACUGUGAUGGUUUGCCAUUAGCCAUUAUUGUGCUUAGUGGACUUCUCUCAACGAAAUGCACAAUUGAAGAGUGGGACAAGUUGCGUGAGAAUGUGAAAGAAUAUAUAAACAAAGGCAAAUUAGUGCAUGCAGAACAAGAAUACCAUAGCGUUUCGUCUAUAUUAAGCUUGAGCUAUGACGAGUUGCCAUAUCAUUUAAAGCCAUGUUUUUUGUACUUGGCCCAUUCCCCGGAGGAUCAUGAGAUAAAGGUCAGCAUAUUAUGUCAUACGUGGAUAGCAGAAGGUUUCAUUUCAUUCGAUCAACAAACACAGAGUUCAAUGGAUGACGAUGUAGCAUAUCAUUACUUGACGGAGUUAUUGGACAGAAACAUGAUUCAAGUGGGAAGAUUGGGUCCAACUGGAAGAAUAAAAUCAUGCCGCGUUCAUGAUCUCAUGAGGGAUAUGAGUUUGUUCAAAGCUCGAGAGGAAACUUUUUUGCAAUUUUUUGAUCUGAGGAGUAGAGACAAGUUAUUGCCAAGAAAUAAGUUACGGAGACUUGCCAUCUAUACUGAUCAUGUUUUUGAUGAUUUACUUCCCUUUAUUAAAGGCAGAUAUGGCUCUCUUAGGUCUCUCAUAUAUUUUCAAUCUUCGGGAUCUGAACCUUCGGAGAAAGUAUUGAAACUUUUUCUGAAUCACUUUAAGUUCCUUAGAGUUUUGAGACUCGAAGCUUUCGGUUUAGAUACUCAUCAUUCAUGGAAGUUGCCUAAGGAAAUUGGGAAACUUGUCCACUUAAGGUUGUUCAGUAUUCGUGGGAGGCCAGUGGAAAAGAUCCCAGCUUCUAUUGGGAAUUUGAGACGCCUGGAGACUUUAGAUUUGAGGUCAUAUUACGUAGAAAUAGCAAAUGAGAUAUGGAGGUUGGAGCAAUUGCGACGUUUAUACUUACCUACCCGUGGUACGUAUAAUAUUUUCAGCAAAGAUCGUUUACGACUACCCAAUGUCAAGAAUACUUUGCAAACAUUGUGCAAUGUUUACACAGAGCAUGUUGAUGUAAAUGAUUUUUUGCAACUGACUAAUCUCAAGAAAUUAGUACUCGUGGUGGGUAAAGACUUGGGGAGAAUCUACCACAAUUGCACAGGCGUCAAAUUUACUUGCGUCAGCUCUCUAUCGUUGUUGGCUGAAAACUAUUCGCACAAUGCUGGAGAAGACUGGGUUGAUAUUAUACCUGUAAUAUCAUGUUAUCCUGAAAUUUAUGAGCUUAAAGUGCGCAUGCCAAUAAUAAGGUUACCAGAAGAAAACCAAUUCUCCCAUAAACUUGUGAGGUUAUCAUUAGAGUUGACGGCUCUCAAGGGUGACUCAAUGAGGACGAUAGAAAAGCUGCCCAAUUUAAGGGCCCUCCACUUUGGUAAGUAUAGCUUCAUAGGGAGUGAGGUGGUCGUGUGCUCAAAAGGUGGCUUCCCUCUACUUGAAUCUCUUUCCUUUGAUAACAUCUUGAAAGAGUGGAUGAUAGAGGACGGAGCAUUAACUAGUCUUUGCUAUCUGAGCAUUCGUGAUUGCUAUCGCUUGAGGAAGCUUCCAGAUGGAUUAAGAAACAUCACAACUCUCAAGGAAGUGAAGAUUGAAGGGUGCCUAGAAUUGAGAGAGAGAUUAGAGGAAGGAGGAGAGGAUUUCUACAAAGUCCAACAUGUGCCUUCACUUGUAAUCACUUAA